GGUCGAUCGACGUUAGAGAACGAGAUAGUCGGCGACCUCGUAAAUGAAUUCGGAACGGUUCCUGAUCGAGCAGAGGAGGUGGUCAUUCAGGACUUAGGGAAGACGCUCCAGUCAAAUUUCGGCGGGCGAUUGGGAAAGCAGACAUCUCGAAUGGUCGAGCAAUUGCUGGCGUCGAAAAUGCCUGGCGGAUUCUCUCUCAACUCUGCGCGAAAAUACCUCGAUCAUCGAUGGGGAUUUGGAGAGGGUCGUCAGGAUUCUUGUUUGCUGGCCGCUGUUGUUCUGCCGCCCGCUGUACGGCUGCCAACCGAGCAAGCUGCGCACCGCUUUUUUGACGACAUCGCAGAGAAACACGCUGCGGCUGCAGGAUUAUCAAUUCAUGAGAGCGAGGGGAUAAAUGCAGAUGCCCCUGCGGUGGCAUUUGAUCCUGAAGCCCUGCGCAGUCUGAAAGAGGAGCAAAAUGCGCUGGCGCAGAAGAAGUUGGAGCUUUAUGCCGAGCAUCUGCAAAUCGAUCUUCAGGCUGGACUGAAAAGCUAUGCGCUUGCGCAAAAUACCAUCAAUGAGCUGGAAGCACAACUAGAUCUUUGGAGUAAUGAGCAUGGGGAUGUCUAUGGAGAGGGCAUCAAGCCUAUAGUUGAUAUCCGGAAAGUUCGUGUGUACGACUCUUGGUGGAAUUGGGCGUUGCAAGAUGCUCUCACUCUCUUCCACGACCUCACCACAGGCACUUUGAAAGCUGCCGACCCUGAUGUCAAAUCUCAAACCUUGCGAAUCGUCAAUCGAUGUACGCCGAAACUGCUUGAGGUUUUGCAGUAUAUGGUGGCCUUUUGUCGCAAGGAGAAUGGAGAGACGUAUAGGACUGCUGAGGAGGUCAUCAAAUCGCUAGUUGUUGACUGCACAGCUUCGAUUGAUAGGCCGCCAGUUUAUCAGAAUCUCACGCCAUCAUUGGCACCGAAGACCAAUAUCGAUGGGAAUGGAAACAUUUCUGUCGUCGAGGUUCCGCGAGUUCAAAAUGAUGAGCCCUCACUCUUCUCAAUCAAGCGGAAGGGCACAAGUGGAUGGCUAGCGGACGAAGAAUUGACGAACACAUAUUUAGAGUGUCUCGAUGGAUGUUCUGAGCCCGGCAUAGGAUUUCAAGACAGAGUCGUUCUCUUGACAGGUGCGGGAGCAGGGUCAAUUGGAUCUGAGAUCCUGCGAGGUCUUCUAAGUGGAGGUGCCAAAGUCGUCGUAACCACGAGCAGUUUCUCUCUCGAGACAACAAGAUUCUAUCAAAAUAUCUACGUUAAUUGUGGGACUCCAGGGUCACAACUAGUCGUUGUUCCCUUCAACCAAGGCAGUCAACAGGAUAUCGAAUCCCUUCUCUCCUAUAUUUACGACACUUCUAAAGAUGGAUUGGGGUGGGAUCUAGAUGCCGUGAUUCCUUUCGCGGCUAUCAGUGAGAAGGGCCGUGAGAUCGAUACGAUCGAUUCGAAGAGCCAACUUGCGCAUCGAAUCAUGAUGACCAACACGAUUCAACUCAUAGGUGCGAUCAAGCGAUACAAGGAGAAAUAUGGCAGCGACACACGACCAGCUCAUGUCAUCCUUCCUCUUUCCCCUAAUCAUGGAAAUUUUGGGGGCGACGGCUUUUACGCGGAAUCCAAACUUGCCCUAGAGAGCCUCUUCAGCAAAUGGAAAUCAGAGAGUUGGUCAAACUACCUCUCGAUUUGUGGAGCUUCAAUUGGCUGGACCCGCGGCACCGGUCUCAUGAACGGAAAUGAUAUCGUGGCAGAAGAGAUCGAGAAGCUGGGUGUGAGGACUUUUUCACAGCGGGAAAUGGCUGUCAAUAUCCUCGCACUCAUGGCAUGUCCAAUAGUCGACAUCUGUCAAUCCGUUCCGUUAUACGCGGAUUUGAAUGGGGGACUCGAAAAGGUUCCAGAUCUUCCUGAUGUUCUCAGCCAGAUUAGAAAAUCCAUCAACAAGACAGCUGACAUCCGUCGAGCUCUCGCUCAAGAAGCGCUUUUGGAGGGCAGCCUUGCUCAAACACCGGUUGAACCUUUCAGUGAUGAUGAGGAUAUUGAGUCUCGUGCGAAUAUCGAUCUAGGCUUCCCCGACCUUCCCACCUCGGCUGAACUUGAAUCACUCAGCCACCUGAAAGGCAUGGUGGAUCACGAAAGGGUUGUAGUCAUUGCCGGGUUUUCUGAGCUAGGGCCUUACGGUAAUUCCAGAACCAGAUGGGAAAUGGAAGCUUACGGUACAUUUUCGUUAGAGGGGUGCGUUGAGAUGGCUUGGAUAAUGGGUCUGAUCAAAUACACCUCUACGGGAACCGCCCAAGGCAAGCCAUAUUCGGGCUGGCUGGAUGCUAAAUCGAACGAUCCAGUAGAAGAGUGUGAUAUCAAGAGGAUAUACGAAAAACAAAUUCUGGACCACAGUGGUAUUCGUUUGAUUGAACCUGAGCUUUGGGAUGGAUAUAAUCCACAAAAGAAGCAGAUGUUCCAGGAGGUUGUCAUCGAAGAGAACCUUAAACCUUUUGAAGCGUCUAAGGAAACUGCAGAGGCUUUUCGACGAGAACAUGGGUCCAACGUGGAUAUCAUGGAGAUUCCCGGAUCUUCUGGCAAUUCUUUCACUGUCAAGUUCAAGAGAGGAGCGACAUUACUGAUUCCCAAGGCUCUGAAUUUCGUCAAUGAUGUUACAGGUCAAAUCCCUAGCGGUUGGGAUGCUCGAACCUAUGGGAUUACGGAUGAUAUAAUUGCUUCGGUUGACAGAGUCACGCUCUAUGUUCUUGUUUGUACGGUCGAGGCCCUACUCUCUGCUGGUAUAUCCGAUCCUUAUGAGAUUUAUCAAUACGUCCACACCUCACAGGUCGGCAACUGUAUUGGUACAGGCGCAGGAGGCGUCCUUUCGGUUGAGAAGGUCCACAAAGGCCGUUCUAUGGAGAAGCCGAUACCUCAAGAUGUUCUUCAGGAGACGUUCAGCAAUACUGUUGCUGCAUGGGUCAACAUGCUCAUCAUGUCGUCGAAUGGUCCAAUCCGAACACCCGUUGGAGCCUGUGCCACCGCGAUUGAAUCUCUUGAUAACGCAUAUGACUUGAUCACAAGUGGCAAGGCAAAGCUGUGUUUGGUUGGCGGCGUAGACGACAUCCACGAAAAUACCUCAUACGAGUUUGCAAACAUGAAAGCCACCAGCAACAGUGAAUUGGAGCACGCAGCUGGGCGCGACCCCAAGGAGAUGUCUCGACCUACAGCUUCUAGUCGCAAAGGCUUUAUGGAAUCGCAGGGCUGUGGCAUGCAAAUUGUUUGCACUGCCAGGCUGGCCUUGGACAUGGGCCUUCCGAUUCAUGGCAUCCUGGCUUUCACAGGGACCGCCAGUGACAAAAUCGGCCGAUCGAUUCCAGCCCCUGGAAAAGGGGUCAUGGUCCACGCUACAGAAGCCACCUCCACAUUCCCCUCGCCAUUUCUAGACAUCAAGUUCCGCCGGCGACAGCUCAUGAGUCGGAAGGCACUAAUUAAAGAAUUCGAGGUAUCUGAACUUAGGCUCCUAGAAGACGAGAUCGAACACAUGAAAGCUACAGACCCCGGAUUUGAUGCCGACGCAUAUAGACUUCAUCGUACCACACAUAUCAUGCACGAAGUCAACCGUCAAACUGCAGACGCACUUGAUAGUCUCGGAAAUAGCUUCUGGAAGAACCAUCCGGAGAUCUCGCCCCUUCGCGGCUCCCUCGCAACCUGGGGCCUAACGAUCGACGAUCUAAACGUGUGUUCCUUCCACGGGACCUCCACUAUCAUGAAUGAGAAGAACGAAUGCGACGUUCUACAACGGCAGCUUAGCCACCUCGGCCGCACAAAAGGGAACCGCAUCCUCGGCGUAUUCCAGAAAUACCUGACCGGGCACCCAAAAGGCGCGGCCGGGGCGUGGAUGCUGAAUGGCGGGCUACAGAUCCUACGAACGGGUCUCGUGCCCGGCAAUCGUAACGCGGAUAACGUCGACUCCUACCUGGAACAAUUCGACCAUAUCGCGUUCCCGAACAAGAAUAUCCAAACAACCGGCGUAAAGGCCCUCUCACUAUUCUCGUUUGGUUUCGGGCAGAAAGGAGCGCAGGCUAUCGUGGUGCAUCCUAAGUAUCUGCUGGCUACGCUCGAGGAUGACGAGUUCAAAUGUUAUCAGGGGAAGGUAGCGCGGCGGCAGCGCAGCGCGCUGAAGGCUUUCAAUAAGGGGUUCCUGGGGAAUUGCCUCUUUGUAGCGAAGGAUAAGGCGCCCUUUGCGGAGACGGAAUUGGACGCGAUGCUGAACCCGAGUGCGAGGCUCGAGGCUGAUGAGGAUGGAUAUCUGCUUGGGUAGAGAUACGGAGCAGAGGAGGGGGCGCUUGGGAGUCUUAUUCUAUCUUGGAUUGGGUAUUGCAUUAGGCACAGGGGUUUGGGAGGGCGUUUUUGAGAGAGCUUUAAGGACUGUUGUAUUAUAUUGCGUGUUAUGUUAUACCUAUGUAAAUUUUUAUAAGCAAG